GCCCGGUACAACUCUGAACAUGGGUGUGCUGAAGAAGAGUACAGCGAUGAGAUUUUUAGUUGAGAGUAUUAUAUCGACCGCAACGGAUGUGUUCUAAAAUCGAUCCUGAAAUUUGAAUACCGAGAACAUUUUGCUAGCAAACAUUUUGUACCAUUCGUACCAUCGCUGCUCUUUGGGCUUGUACAUGCGCACUGAAAAGUUCUGGAUAUUUGAGACUGUUUUUUUUUUCGUUCUGGUGUGUGAAAAAUUCGAAACGAUUCGCUGUCGAAGUACUUGGCAGGCAUCAUAAAUUGAUAUUUGGAAAUUGUGGUUAAUUACAGUGACUUGUGGUUUUUGAGUUAAUUUCUUUUUGGAUUUGAAUAAAGUGCAGAGUAUACACACACAAAAACCCUCAGCGUCACAGGGUUUAUCAAAGACAAAAUACUUGAGUGUGAUACGUUUUGUGGUCCAGGGAUUGCCGUUGAACAGCAAACAGAAAAAUUACUGCCACAGUUCCGCAUCAAAUCAACGGAAAUGUUUUCCAUUUGGCACCUACUUUCGGUCACCUUGGUCGCUUCAUUCAUCACGACAACAAAUACGCUAGCCAAUUGUCCAAACAGUUGCCAGUGCAACGAUGUAUCGCUGGUGGUCAACUGUGGCGAGGGGAAUCUGGAUGUUCUACCGAUCGCACUGAAUCCGUCGAUUCAACGGCUGCAGAUCAAAAACAACAAAAUCAAAACAAUCGACUCGUCGAUGCAAUUCUAUGCUGACCUCAGUCAUUUGGACCUGAGCUUCAACCACCUGUUCACCAUACCACCGAGGACAUUCAGUUAUCAAAAGAAGCUACAGGAAUUGCAUCUGAAUCACAAUAAAAUCGGGACAAUUUCCAACAAAACAUUCGUCGGUCUGUCGUCUCUGAUUGUUUUAAAUUUACGAGAUAACUUUUUGGAUGAAUUACCGAAGGGUGUGUUCUCAGCACUGACCAAUUUGGAAGACUUAAAUAUUGGACAGAAUCGUCUGACUCGUAUCGACCCGGAUGCAUUCGAAGGACUCGCAAAGUUACGCGUUUUAUAUUUGGAUGACAAUUCCAUGGUGUCGGUACCAUCGCCAUCGUUUGUUCAUAUUCCGAAUUUGGCCGAAAUUUACUUGGGGGUCAACCGUUUCUCGGCGAUAAAGAGUGGAGCAUUUGAAAAUUUGAGAGAACUGAGUCGAUUGGAUAUCCGCAGCACAUUAUUAGACACGAUACCGGUCGAUGUGUUUAAAGGAGUUGAAAACAUCCGAGCUCUGGAUAUAUCCGACAAUCAACUGGUUCGCAUACCGAGUGUUGAGCUAAGCAAACUGAAACGUCUGGAAGAGCUGUAUAUCGGGCAAAAUGACUUUAAAAUUGUUCCUGAAAAAGCAUUCACCGGUCUAAAGAACUUAAAGAAAAUCGACAUUUCCGGUUCGAUUAAACUGACAACUGUUGAGUCAGGAGCUUUCUUGUCCAAUUCGAAUUUGGAAAUCAUAUCAAUCACGUCAAACAAAGCAUUUUCGGAUCUGCACGAGGGAGCCUUCAGCGGAUUACCAUACUUGAAGCAAUUAAUAUUACGGGACAACGCACUGGUUACACUAACAGAGAGCCUAACACAUUGGAAUGAUCUUGAGACCCUGGACCUAACCGACAAUCCUUUGACAUGUGACUGCCGUAUGUCAUGGUUGAGAGAUCUAUUAUUAGCCAAGAACGCUAGCCACCGUCAGGAACACGUACUCUGUGCUUAUCCAGAGAAACUUCGCGGGCAAAGCUUACAAAAAAUAUCGUCCGACAUUCUCGGUUGUACGCAAUCCGUUUCUCAUGGUCAAACAAAUUUGAGCAUCAUAGUGGUUGGCUGUGCAGCUUUUAUAACUGCAAUAGUCUUGGCGGCAGUUAAGUGUCGUCGUCAAAUCCGUGACAUGUUGGUUGGAAAGUGGCGCAAUGUGCCAAUGAGCCCGAAAGAAUUGGAGUAUCAGAAAACAUUUUACGAUGACGAUUUUAUGUUCCGACAUCCUCAUCCGUGCGGACUUAGUUCCUUUUCCACAAUGAAUCAUUACUCGUACGUGAAUCCGACUAUUCGUUCUAUUCCAACCACUGAAUUGUAAUUAAUUAAGGAAAUGUGUUUGAAUGAUGUAUUGUGCCUCUUAUCAAAAGCAAUUCCUUAGUUAAAUGAUGACAAAAUUACGCUUGACUUUCUUGUUAAAAAGAACUAAUGUAAGACUGACAGAUUUCCUAGAGUUUGUGUUACGUGCUCACUUAAAUGCUUUGUGCAUAUUUGAGGUAAUGAAUGUAAAAUCGUUGUGAACUUUUUGCUCGGAUGUUAGGGAACAAAAUAAUUUGUCGCAUGUUCCUAUUAUAAUAUUCAAUGAAUAUAAACCAGACUCAAAAUUUGCUCCUGUACAAAUUUAAUUUAAUUAGACAGAAUGGAAAUGAUGCAAGUACUAUAUGUAUAAAGUAGGAAUAGAAGUUGUAAAUAUAUAUUUAGCAUUACUAGUGGUAUACUAUACAAUGUGUAUGGAAUUUCAAAAUUAAGUAACUUGACACAAAAAUGAAGAAUGUGAUAUAAUAUUUAAGUCGAAAAUAAAAAAUUCUUUUAAACGUUAUCA